AUGGUUGGUUUUUUCCCUUUAUCUGAUGCGCUUGUCUCUUCUUUGACUAAGCAAGUUGCGCCAUUGAAUUGUAAUGGACCAAAUUCUGUUGGGAAAGAUGGUGCUAGAAGAAGUGCGGGCACAAUAGAGCGACUGUAUUCUUUAAAGCGCCAUUUGAUAGAGUAUGUUGCCUUUUAUUCAUUCAAACCCGUUAAGGUGUGUGCUGGGGAUCUUUUGUCCUUCAUCUAUGCAGGUGAAUCCACUGAUAUCGAAAACGAAAUAGAAUGGCUCCGUACAGUGUCUAGUCAGCUUAUAAGACGGUUGUGUAGGAUUGCAAGGGAAAUGCGGAUAGAGUCGCGACAGCAGAAGACGUUGACCGGCGUUUCUGCGGCUAUUGAUGACAGUACUAAAAAGAGCCAGAGAGAAAACAUUCCUCAACAGGUUCCAUGUCUAGUCUCCUUACUCAACAGGAUGCGGGAUAAUAACCUGGUUGCGCACGAAUUUGUUAUUUAA